AUGACCAAUAAGCCCUCUUCCGCUCGUCCUCUACCAAGACGAUGCCAGCUCACUCUCAGAGCCCACACCGGACCCUGUCAUGUAGCGCGCUAUGACUCCAAUGGCCGUUAUCUCCUCACAGCAGGGACCGAUCGGACCAUCAAGCUCUGGAAUGCCUCUUCUGCCGCCGACAGCAGCAGCAGCGAUGCAGCGCAGCCCCCACCCAUCAAGACGUACUCUUCUGGACACAGCUAUGAGAUUCUCGCUCUAGAUGUCUCGUCUGACAACAGCAGAUUCACGAGUGGGGGAGGUGACAAGAAUGUCCUCCUGUGGGAUGUCGCAACGAGCACUAUCCUGCGUCGCUUCUCGGCUCACGAAGGUCGAAUCAACGAUGUCCGCUUUGCAGGCCCUACAUCAGCACAGGGUAGCAGUGUGCUCUGUACAGUGGGCUUUGACGCCAUUCUUCGAUUCUAUGAUCUUAGAGCUCAGGGCGCCUGGAGGCCGAUCAUGGAGUGCAAGGAGGCAAAGGAUGCGAUCCAGACAAUGGCCAUUAGAGGCGAGGAAAUCUGGACAGGGAGCGUGGACGGGAUAGUGAGGUGCUAUGACAUGCGAAAGGGAGAGGUCAGGGAGGACACAGUGGACGAGCCGAUCGUCUCUAUCCACGUCUCGACUUCGGGCUCUCUCCUCCUGGUGAGCACGACUGCUUCAAUUCACCGACUCUUCGAUACCUCAGACGGGUCUCUCCUGCAGACCUUUACCGGCCACACCAACACGUCCUACCGAUGUCACUCCACCCUCACCUCUACGGAAGACGCUGUCCUCGCAGGAGACGAGAAGGGCAGACUUAGAGGGUGGGAUGUACUAAGUGGGAAAGAGACAGAUGUGGCCAAUGGCAGAGCGUCGACUAUGUCGGAACAUGACAAGACGAUCCUUUGGACCGAGUGCAACCCCAAGAAGCUGGGAGAAGUAGUCACGUCUGCGGCGGAUGGUAGUGUCAAAGUCUGGAGCGGGUGA